AUGCAACCAACAUAUUUGUAUUCAUCAGAAUUCGAUAGAGAAAUUCAAUGGCGUUCAAAAUUUUCUAUUGUAAUACCAAUUAUAAUUGGAUUUUUACAAAUGAUUUUAACAUUUGCUAUUGUUGGUCUUGAAAUAGCAUCUGUAAUUAUAUCACCAAGUCAAGGAACACUUUAUGCUGGUUUUUGGCUAUCACUUAUAUUCACUUUUUCAUGGAUAGCUAUGUUUACUUUAGUUUGUUGCCAUCGUUCACGUAAAUGUGCAUUAUAUGUAUUUUUUGUUUCAAUACUAUGUGCUGCUGCUGCUAUAACUUUGAUCGUUUUGGAUGCUUUAUUUAUUGGAAAUAUUACUAAAUGUUUUUUUACAAAUACAAUUUGUAAUGAUAUAAGAUCAUCGAAUACUCGACCAUCGGGUAUACCACUUGGAAGAAAAGUUCAAGUUUUAAAAGCUCAAAUGGCAAUGGCUGCUGCAUUAUUAGCAACAGCUAUUUUAUAUAUGCUUCUUUUUAUUUUGGCUAGUAUGGGAAGUAAACGUGGAAAUAAUCGUGUAUUAAUUGAAAAUUCUCAAUUACCACCGCAAGCUAUUCGUCAACCUAUUAAACCAACACCAGUACAAACAUGGCAAGCAACAUCAGUACCUGUUACGUAUGAACCAAGUCAACUUGAAUGUCCUCAUUGUGGAACAUUAAUCAAAUUAGCACAAAAGAAAAGAUAG